UGAUAAGAAAAUUAAAUUAAAAACUCCAUAUUCUAACCGAAUGAGAGCGAUAAAAUUGAUUAUUCUGCUUUAGAACUGUGUAAGUUUAAGUGAAGGUGCAAGUAAUGUCAUCACUAUGCAAGUGUGCCAAUGAGCAUGUCGAGAAUACUACUGAUCCCAUUUGUCUGUAAGCCGUCUGUUCAAAUAUUCCUAGCCGGACUUAUUGUGGGUCUAACUCUGGGAUUGUUAAUCCUCUUUAUUAAAACGGACAACUCCAGGUCCAACUAUUUCAAAAACAUACAAGACUACAACAGUUAUUUCUCCGUUGGCAGAGGACACUCCGAAGCCGAUACCCAUCAUGCGAUGAUUAACACCACAUUAGCUGAUGAACUUUUUAGCAAAGUAAAAGUCUUGUGUUGGAUCAUGACGAGUCCUUCCAAUCACUUGCAGAGAGCAAUUCAUGUGAAGGCAACCUGGGGCAAGCGGUGCAAUAAGAUUAUCUUUAUGAGCUCUGCAGAAGAGCCCCUAUUGCCGACUGUAGUGCUACCUGUUACAGAAAAUCGAGAAAACUUGUGGGGGAAAGCGAAGGAGGCCCUCAAAUAUUUAUACAGGAAUUACUAUCAUGAAUAUGAUUGGUUUUUCAAAGCAGAUGAUGAUACAUAUGCGGUAAUGGAGAAUCUCAGGUAUUUGCUGUAUUACAAAAAUUCAUCUCAACCAGUGUAUUAUGGGUGCAAAUUGAAAGUCCCUGAUCACAAUUUCAACUACAUGAGCGGAGGUGCUGGCUAUGUCCUAAGCAAGGCAGCGUUACAAAAAUUCGUUAUAGAAGCUUUACCAGAUAUGUUGUGCAGACAGCAAAAUAAUGGCUUGGAGGACGUAGAAAUAGGAAAAUGCCUUCAAGCAGUUGGCGUAAACUUGGGCAAUUCGUUGGACAACGAGUACCGACAUCGGUUUACUCCAGUAUUUGUCAAUGAAAUGCUCGUCCCAGGAGUCCUCAAUGACGUCGAUUGGUAUAUGAAAAUGAUGUACAACCCUAAUAAAUUUGGGUUGCAAUGCUGUUCCGACAAUCUUAUCACCACACAUUACGUCAAACCGCAUCAGAUGUACCUCCUGGAAUACCUAAUUUAUCAUGUAACACCUUUUGGCAGGGCUUAUAAUCCCACUUUACUCCAACGCUUUACCUGAAAGAAUUAUAAUGAAGUGACGACACCGACUCGGAACCAGCCAAAUGACUGGAAUGAAUGUUUUUUAUAUGUAGCUUAUAUGGAAAAAUACAUUUUCAAACCUUGAA